AUGGCUUCAACUGCUGAAGCCGCCAGAGAGUUCCUCAAAAUCCAUGAAACCUCCUUCUCCGACCCCCCCAACACACAAACCGUAGCCGCAGAGAGCCUAUCCUAUGGAUUCAAGGACUUCGUGUUCGCCCCGUACGGAUCCUAUUGGAAGUUCAUGAAGAAGGUGUGCAUGUUGGAGCUCCUGGGCGGCAAAAUGCUCCACCAGCUCCUCCACGUGAGGCAGCAAGAGAGGAAGAGGUUCCUUAGCGAUUUGGCGAAGAAAGGGUUGGCCGGUGAGGACGUGGAUAUUGGGGCAGAACUCAUGAUGCUGGCCAACAACGUCAUAUCAAUGAUAACGAUGAGGCAGAAGAGUUGUUCUGAAAGGGGAGGAGAAGCGGAGGCGCUGAAAAAGGUGGGGGAGGACACGGUGGAGCUGAGCGGGCAGUUCAACGUGUCGGAUUUCUUGUGGUUCAUAAAGGGUGUUGAUAUUCCUCAGAUCUUCUUGAUGAUGAGUAGGGGGAAUGUGCAUUUCGUUCUCCUAUAG